AUGGGGGUGCUCACAUCGACGGAGCUCAACUUCCUCAUCUUCCGCUACCUCCAGGAGUCAGGUUUUAUUCAUGCUGCAUUUACUCUAGGUUAUGAAGCUGGGAUCCAUAAGGGUGGCAUUGAUGGCAAUGCAGUCCCACCUGGUGCUCUUAUCACUAUUGUUCAGAAAGGUCUCCAGUACAUAGAACUGGAAGCAAAUAACGAUGAGAAUGAUGACGAAGUUGAGAGGGAUUUUGCGCUUCUGGAGCCACUUGAAAUCAUCACAAAAGAUGUUGAAGAGUUGCAACAGAUUGUGAAAAAGAGGAAAAUGGAGAGAUCUCAAACUGAACGUGAGAAGGAUAAGGGAAAAGAGAAAGAACGUAAUGAGGAGCAUGAACGACGUCCUGGUGGCGAACGGGAGAGGGAACGCCAUGACAAAGAAAAAGAGCAAGUCAGGGAGAAGGACAAAUCUGAAAAAGAUAGGGACCAUGAUAAAGAGAAGGAGAAAGAGAAAGAAAGAGAACGGCAGCAUGCAGAGCGUAUUGAUAAGGUUAAGCACGAGGAUGAUUCUCUUGCUGGUGGAGGUCCCACUCCAAUGGAUGUAAGUACAACUGCUCAGGAGAUAUCUAACACUGAUGUUACUGUUUUGGAAGGACACAGUUCAGAGGUUUUCGCUUGUGCAUGGAGUCCAACUGGUUCUCUUCUAGCUUCAGGGUCAGGAGACUCAACCGCUAGAAUCUGGACAAUUCCAGAUGGUCCAUGUGGUUCCAACAUGCAAUCAUCUCCUCCCGGUGUUCAUGUUUUGAAACAUUUUAAAGGUCGGACCAAUGAAAAGAGCAAGGAUGUCACCACACUUGACUGGAAUGGUGAAGGUACACUACUGGCUACAGGCUCCUACGAUGGACAGGCAAGAAUAUGGAGUAGAGAUGGAGACCUUAAGCAGACACUGUUCAAACACAAGGGGCCCAUAUUUUCAUUGAAAUGGAAUAAGAAAGGAGAUUUUCUCCUAAGUGGAAGUGUUGAUAAAACUGCUAUUGUUUGGGAUACAAAGACAUGGGAAUGCAAGCAGCAGUUUGAAUUUCAUUCAGCUCCAACACUAGAUGUUGAUUGGAGAAAUAAUAACUCGUUUGCAACAUGUUCAACCGAUAACAUGAUCUAUGUUUGCAAGAUUGGGGAACAGCGUCCAGUUAAAGCAUUCAGUGGUCAUCAGAGUGAAGUUAAUGCUAUCAAGUGGGAUCCGACUGGUUCUUUUUUGGCUUCAUGUUCUGAUGAUUGGACAGCAAAGAUAUGGAGUAUGAAACAAGACAAAUGUGUAUUCGAUUUCAAAGAGCAUACCAAGGAAAUAUACACUAUUCGGUGGAGCCCAACAGGCCCAGGAACAAACAAUCCUAAUCAGCAAUUGCUGUUGGCUAGUGCAUCUUUUGAUUCAACUAUCAAGCUUUGGGAAGUUGAGCAAGGACGCCUUCUGUACAGCUUGUCUGGUCAUAGGCAACCAGUGUAUUCUGUUGCAUUUAGCCCAGACGGUGAAUACUUAGCGAGUGGGUCCCUGGAUCAGUGCCUACACAUCUGGUCUGUGAAAGAAGGCAGGAUCCUGAAGACCUACAGAGGUAGUGGGGGCAUAUUUGAAGUGUGCUGGAACAAAGAAGGCAGCAAGAUUGCUGCCUGUUUCUCUAACAACACCGUCUGCGUGAUGGAUUUCCGGAUGUAG